AUAUCUGGACGCUAAUCUCUAGUGUAACGUCUAUGUAUCAUACAACCUCUAGACGUUGAUUAAUUGUGACGUACAUGUAUCAUACAAUCUCUGACGUCACCAUGGACCUGUAUGUAAACAGCCUGUCCAACCAGUCGGCCAUGUUGGAUGACGUCACCAACCAGAGUGAGCCGUCACUGACCAACCACACGGAGUACCCCACAUACCCCACACCAUUCGGUGUCCUGUUCUACAGGUACAUGUUCAUCGUCAUCUACAGCGUCAUCUUCGCUACCUGCGUCAUAGGCAACACGCUGGUGCUGGUUGUGACGUCACGAAGUCCCCGGAUGAAAACAAGAACCAAUUUUUUCCUGGCCAACCUGGCAGCUGCUGAUUUGUGUGUCGGUCUGAUCUGUGUCCUGCCUAAUCUCUUCACCUUUCUAUACCCGGGAUGGCUCCUCGGCAAGGCCAUGUGCCAUGUGUACGCUCAGCAUUUCUCCUUACAGGCCAUGUGUAAGCUCACCAUUUCUCCUUACAGGCCAUGUAGCAUGUGUAAGCUGACCAUUGCUCCUUACAGGCCAUGUGCCAUGUGUAAGCUCACCAUUUCUCCUUACAGGCUAUAUGCCAUGUGUAAGCUGACCUACUUCUCCGAGAGCUUUAGCUUCUGCGCCUCUGUCCUCCUGCUGGCGGUCAUCGCAGUAGAGCGCUACAUCGCUGUCAUGCACCCCCUCAAGGCCAGGUGUUUGUUUACAGCACGCAGGAUGCACGUGGCACAGGCCAUCACCUGGCUGCUGGCCGCCAUCUACAACAUCCCUCUCCUCAUCAUCUUCGACACCUUCACCGACGAGAACGACGACCGCACCACCUUCUGCUUCCUCAAGUACCAGAUCAACAUGAAAACCUACUACACCGCCAACUUCAUCUGCUGGUACCUCAUUCCGCUCCUCGUCAUGACCGGCGUCUACGCCGUCAUUUCCUGGACUCUCUGGCACUCCGGCAACAUCUUCAACAAACAGAGCCACGACAACAGCAGCGAGGAGAACGUGACCAAGACGCUGCCCAUGGUGCGCCCGGAUAAGUCCUCCAUGUCCUCUAGCAGCAGCGGUGCCGGGAGUGCUGCCAGCGGUAGGAGGAAGAGUAACGGAAGCAUCGGACAGAGCAGCCAUCAUGGGUGUUCCAGCGUUGCUUACACCGGAUACAGCGUCAACGGUGUGGGGUGUAACUGCACCAUGUAUUCGGAAAUUUCCGAAAGGUUUUCGUGUAACGGGGAUUUCCAGAACCACGGAGAGGACAGUGUGGUUCUGUCGUCAGCUAAAAAUAACCCGGCGCAGCCCACUUUACACAUGGAGGGAAAUCGUCUGCCCAUUCAGUGGUCGUGGCCGACCGGAAAUGAAGCCAACCGGGCAGAACUGAACCGUCAAAGCAGACGAUCACCCCACAAUGGCCGCGGCACAGAUACCCACGCCGGCAACACGUUUGAGAUGACGUGUAUGUCCGGCUCCUGCCCCCAGCAAUGCCCGUCUGCCACAAAGCGUCAGAGCGUCAAGAAACUCAACCAGGCUAUCACGCUCAUCAACGGCAAACGGCACCGCUCCGGCUCCCGGCGCUCCUUCCAUUCAGACUGCGCUUCAGACACGUCAAGUUCCGGUCAGACGAAGCAGUGCGAUACCAGUAGGAAUCGAUACCAGGCGACUUCCAUUCGCGUGCUGUCCUCCAGACGGAAAGUCAUUCGUCUGCUGGUCUUGGUACAGAUCACGUUUGCCGUCUGCUUGUUGCCGCACCACGUACGUCUGCUGUUGACGUACUGGGAGAUGUACCCGUCGCCGACCUUCAAGCUGAGCUUCUUCCCGCCCUUCGCUUUUAUCUGCAUGUACCUCAACUCUGCCCUCAAUCCUGUGCUCUACAGCCUGUUCUCGGAAAGUUUUCGCCGGAGUCUCAGGGAACUUGUCCGCAGACCGUGGCACAAGUGGAGGUCAACCACGACCAAACACGACUAUUUGACCUCCAAAAGUCGGCGGACUGUCAACUGA